UUAGGAUGUAUUGUGCAUUGAACGCUUUUUCUCAUUUGUUUCUCUUUUGUCGCAGAGGAAUCAAAUAAUGUUAAAAGGUUAAACAUGACAAGCAGAAGAAGCAAACACGCUGCACCGAUGAGAGAUCGAGCAUCCUGGAUAAAUGAUCACUCGGGAGGGACUCCUCAAGAAAAUUUUAUUACGGAGUUUCUGACGCGCUGCGAGGAAUAUAACGUAGAACCGUUACCUAGUUUUGUUGUGAGAGAUGACAUGGAGCAAUACGCGAAGAUUGAGUCAGAAAAUUUACGCUAUCUGUCGCUGAGGAUGUGUAAGCUAUCCGACAACGGUAUACAAAAGAUCGCAAACGAGCUGAGGUAUCGGGACCCGCCAAACAACCCAAAAUUGAUCGCUCUUAACGUGGCGGACAACGACAUUACAGACAUCGGUGCCGAGUAUAUCGCCGCGAUGCUUCGAACCAAUCGGUCAUGUAGUUGCCAAACAUUUUUCAGAAUUCUAAUCUGUAGAGAUGUUAAUCCCUCCCUGCGCAAAAGGAGUUUUAAUGAAAAUACAUAACGUUUGCUGAUGCUAUUCGUAGAUCUCUGCAGAGCGUGGUGUUAACCGGAAACGAGAUACAGGACGACGGCGCUUCAUUGAUAAUCCAGGAACUUUCUAUGUAUCUUCGACCGUAGUAGCGAUUAAAUUAGACAAUUUUCU